UGGUGCUGCUCAUCUUCCGCACAAUGACUGACAGGGGAGCAGGAGACGGGAGACCACUCUGAUCAACACCCUAUUGGUGGGAGAUCCUGUGUCAGGAGGUAAGAGUUAGGCAUGGGGGGUGCAAACAGCAGCGAUGGUCCCACCUUUGCCUGUAUGUGUGUGCCAGGGAACAUGUAAGGUGACUUUAUCUCCAUAUGGGGCACACAUAGGACUUCUUUACAUAGGGCACACAUAGGGAUUACCACAUAUACCACAUAUAUAGGGUGCACACCUAGGGACUCCCCUACGGAGGGUGCAUACAUAGGGACUGCCCUACAGAGGGUGCACACAUAGGGACUAGAGGGUGCACACAUAGGGACUGCCCUACAGAGGGUGCACACAUAGGGACUCCUCUGGAUGCAUAGCACUUUCCCAGGGAAGCAUUUGAAGCAUCACUCCUUUGGCAGCCAAUAGGUUAAACCUGCGAGCGCCCCCCAUGCAGAGAGACCAUCUCCGUCUGUCAGACCUCAGUGGGUCCAGUACUUGUCCGGGACUCUACAUCUGAGACACAAGAGCUGGAUACCAGUGGUGUCAGGAUGAAGCUCUGUGCUGCUUUGCGAUGGACUGUCAAGGUGUUCGUAUUGUGUCUGGUGCUAGGAACUGCCGUCUUGUUAAAUCCAGAAGAUCCGAAUGUUUGCAGCCACUGGGAAAGCUAUGCUGUGACGGUGCAGGAAUCCUACGCUCACCCAUUUGAUCAGAUAUAUUACACGCGCUGCACGGACAUCCUCAACUGGUUCAAAUGCACAAGACACAGGAUAAGCUACAAGACAGCAUACAGACGAGGUCUGAGAACCAUGUACCGACGAAGGUCACAGUGCUGUCCAGGAUAUUAUGAAAGUGGAGAUUUCUGUGUCCCGCUCUGCACAGAGGAGUGUGUACACGGCCGGUGUGUGUCUCCUGAUACCUGUCACUGCGAGCCAGGAUGGGGUGGCGUGGACUGCUCCAGUGGCUGUGACAGCGAGCACUGGGGCCCACACUGCAGUAACCGCUGCCAGUGUCAGAACGAGGCACUGUGUAAUCCCAUCACUGGAGCCUGUGUGUGCUCUGAAGGGUACAGAGGAUGGCGCUGUGAGGACUGGUGUGAUCCCGGGAGCUAUGGCAAAGCCUGUCAGCUGAGGUGUCAGUGUCAGAAUGGAGCAACAUGUGACCACAGGACUGGCGAGUGCCACUGUGCCCCUGGAUACACUGGGGCUUUCUGUGAAGAGCUGUGUCCACCUGGAAGUCACGGAGCACUGUGUGAGCUGCGCUGUCCAUGCCAAAAUGGAGGUGUAUGUCACCAUGUGACCGGCGAGUGUUCCUGUCCAGCAGGGUGGACGGGUUCUGUCUGUGCCCAGCCAUGCCCCUCAGGGAAAUAUGGAGUAAACUGCAGCCAGGAAUGCCAGUGUCACAAUGGAGGACAGUGUGACCCUGUGACUGGAAGGUGCCAGUGUGCGGCAGGAUACACUGGAGAGAGGUGCCAGGAGGAGUGCCCUGUUGGUACGUACGGUUACCAGUGUGCAGAGAGAUGUGACUGCCAAAAUGGAGCCAAGUGUUACCACAUCAAUGGGGCAUGCUUGUGCGAGCCAGGCUUUAAGGGCAUCCUUUGUGAGGAGCGUGUGUGCGCAGAGGGGUUGUAUGGCCUCAAAUGUAACAAGAACUGCCCAUGUAACCUGACCAACACCCGUGGCUGCCACCCGCUGUCUGGGGAGUGCACCUGCAGGGCAGGUUGGAGUGGCCUGUACUGCGAGGAACCCUGCCGCCCUGGGUUCUAUGGGGAGGGCUGCCAACAGAUGUGCGCCUGUCACAAUGGGGCGGACUGUGACAGUAUGACAGGGAGGUGUCUCUGUGCUCCUGGAUUCACGGGUCAAGAUUGUUCUGUCCUGUGUUCUCAUGGAACUUAUGGAACUGACUGCUUGUCACUGUGUAACUGCAAGAACGGUGCAGCCUGCUCCCCUGUGGAUGGGUCCUGUAUGUGCAGAGAAGGUUGGCAGGGGAUAGAUUGCUCCAUUCCCUGUUCGAGCGGCACGUGGGGUCUGAGCUGCAAUCAGAGCUGUCACUGUCUGAAUGAUGCUUCCUGCAGCCCAGUGGAUGGCAGCUGCAUGUGUGCCGCUGGCUGGAUAGGUGACAUCUGUGACCAGCCAUGUGAGGAGGGAAUGCAUGGACUAGACUGUGCUGAACAUUGUGACUGCAGCCAUGCCUUGGGGUGUGACCCAGUCACCGGGCAUUGCCAUUGUCUGGCAGGAUGGACAGGUAUUCACUGUGACAACGUCUGUGCUCAGGGCCGCUGGGGACCCAACUGCUCCCUCUCAUGUCACUGUGAGAAUGGGGGGUCAUGCUCACCUGAGGAUGGGAGCUGUGAGUGUGCACCAGGAUAUCGGGGAACCCUGUGCCAGAGAAUUUGUUCUUCCGGAUCCUUUGGACACCGCUGCAGCCAGACAUGUCCCCAGUGUGCUCACUCUAGCGGCCCAUGUCAUCACAUAUCCGGCCACUGUGACUGCCUGCCAGGAUUCUAUGGCCCCCUCUGUAACCAAGUGUGCCCAAGUGGGAGAUUUGGAAGGAGCUGUGCGGAGGUCUGUGCAUGCAGCAACAAUGCAACCUGCAACCCCAUUGAUGGAUUGUGCCAAUGCUACCCCGGCUGGAUAGGCAGCGACUGCUCUGAUGAAUGUCCCUCUGGUCUAUGGGGUCCGGAUUGUAUCCACACAUGUAACUGCCACAAUGAUGCUGAGUGCAGCACAUAUGACGGAGAGUGUAAAUGCACGGCUGGCUGGACGGGGCUGUACUGCACUCAAAGAUGCCCAUCAGCCUUUUAUGGAAAGGACUGUGCCAAUGUCUGUCAAUGCCAUAAUGGAGCCGACUGUGACCACAUCACUGGGCAGUGCACAUGUAGAACAGGAUUCACAGGCAAACACUGCGAACAGAAAUGUCCGCCAGGAACAUUUGGGUACGGCUGCCGGCAGAUGUGCGAAUGUUUGAACAAUGCCACUUGCGAUCAUGUUACAGGGACCUGCUACUGCAACCCUGGAUUCAAGGGCAUCCGCUGUGACCAAGCUGCUCUGAUGAUGGAGGAACUGAAUCCUUACACUAAGAUCAGCCCGGCACACGGCUCUGAAAGGCAUUCUGCAGGGGCCAUCAUUGGGGUGAUUGUUCUCUUGCUGAUUAUCAUGACCCUGUUGGGGCUCUUUUUGUGGUACCGGCAGAGACAGAAGGACAAGGAUCAUGACAUGCCCAACGUUUCUUACACUCCGGCCAUGCGCAUGACCAGUACAGACUACUCUCUCUCAGGUGCCAGUGGGAUGGACAGACGUCAGAACACAUACAUAAUGGAAAAUGGCUUCAAAGGGCAAGGUUGUCGGCAAGCCCAGAGUUUACGUCAAGACAGAGCUGUCGGCAAGCCCAAUUGUAUGAAAGAGUCAGGGUGCAGUUCCAGCACCUGCUCACUGAGCAGCAGUGAGAACCCUUAUGCCACCAUUACAGACCCCCCCGCGCAGCACUCCAAACACUCAGAGAACAGCUACGUGGAAAUGACAUCACCUGUCCAUACAGAUGCCCCAUACUCAGAUAUGCCACCCUCAUCCAAAGCUAACAAAAAUGUGUAUGACGUGGAGCCGACACUCACCCUGCUCCAGGACGCCGAACACCAGAUCCCCAACUACAUGCAGAACCCAUAUGACUUGCCACGGAACAGCCACAUCCCCAGCCACUACGACCUGCUCCCCGUCCGGCACAGCCCCCUGCAUGGAACAUACUGGGAUAAGCAGAUGGAUAAGCAGUCUUUAUAGAAGUGUGAGGACAGCGAGAACUAACACAUUCUGCAAUAUGCCCAUUCUGUGGGGGGGCUGGCACCACUGGACACAUGCAUGAUGUCAUUAGGAGAACUUUCUUACACAAAUAGGAUGUAUCUAUAGAACAAGUCGCUGUGUAUGUGUGUAUAUAUACACCAGAUACCACCCAUCCUUCUAAGAGUACACAUGUGAAGACUAAUCCAGGCGAUGUCACAGGGAUAGUGAGCUCUUGAAAUUGCAGUUUACACACGACAGAUAUUAUGUAAAUACAUGUAUAUAGUGCAGCUUUCUCUAAAUAACUGUAUAUAUGUCAUUCCCCUGUCAGUCAGCGUGUAGAGGGAAAUGCUGAAUGUGUUCAUGGAUUGAUGGUAAAUACAGCAUUGCUUAAAUAUUCAUUAAGAUGAGCCAUAUUCUAGCACUGACCCAGAGGAAGCCUGCACACGUGCUAUAGCUGACUACUCCUGGGCAAGGUACGUGUCAGAAAACCCUUGUAGUAUUGCCUCUGGUCCAUGUGCGUUCAGUUAGACAGCUGUGUUCUAGUCAGGUGCAGUUAUUACCAACAUAUGAGCUAUAUGCAGACAGGUGUAGUGCUGGGCACUUGCUCUGCUUGGAAAACACAUCAUUAUUGUAAGACCUAACUAUGAGGGAAGAUAAGUGAUCGAGGAUCAGGGACUCAUGUGAGCCACAGUGACAGCUUCUAGACAACCUCCUGCGCUAACUCACCUCUCUGACACAAAGCAGACCAAACUGACAGAUUGCAGAGAGAACGGAUCUACUUAUUUACUGAAAAUAAAAACAGGCUUUUUAUUCUU